CUUUCAAUCAUAGAUUUUAAAUCAUUUGUAAAUUCAGACCAUGGCUCGGCUGACCUUGUUGUAUUGUCAUAAUUCAUAAAUGUAAAUUUUGAAAUACAUGAUGAUAGGACUAGUACUUCUACAUUUCAUAUAUAUCUAUAUAUAUUUUUAAAAUAUUAUUUAUCAUAUUUAUAAACAUGUAUGUAUAUGUAUUCCUUGUGACAAGUCCUAACGAAAUGCAACUAAAGUUAUGAUUUCACAACCAUAAUUGCAUAUACAUUAUAAAAAUUAAUUAAUGUUAACAUUAGAAAUGACACAAUAAUUAUAGAGAUGUGUGUUCCUUUGAUAAGUAACAUUUUUACCAUAGGACCUUCAUUGUAAACUUUCAUGUGAUGCCACCAUGCCAAUCACAACAAUGAUUACUUCAUGCAAAUACUUGCAUGUACAUUUAUACACAAUUAUCAAUGCAUGAUCAAUGCAUCUAUAGAUCAGAGGUGAUGGUUUAAAUUGGACUGGAUGCUGUUUGAAUAAAUUCUUAUUGUAUAAUAUAAUUACAUUUUAGCUUCCGAUUUGGGAUCCCAAACACUGAGCAGUCUAGAUGAAUGGGAACCAGAGAUGUCUGCCUUAGAGAGAGUCAAUCAUGUAAUUCGUCAAAUAUCAGAUGACAGAAUAUCCCCGCUAAGAUCUCAGCUGAGUACAAGAUGGGAAGAUGCAUCAGAAAGAACACGAAACUAUUACAGACAGAAGACUUGUGACAUAAUGAAAAACAUUACAGAACUAAUAGCUCCCCUUCAAUCCGAAAUUUUGUUGACAGAUAUUUCUCGAAAACAAUUUACAGCUGACAAAGAUAAUGAUGACCACUACUUCAACUCUAUGGUUGCAGCAUAUCAAGAAGCAGGAUCUCCAUUUCUAAAGCGACAAAUUUUAUCACUCUUUGUGAACCACUAUUCAAAAGAAACACUUACUGCUAUACCCGGAUUAACAAAGCACAAGAUAGACUCUGCUAGGAAGUAUGCCAUGGUGAAUAGAACUGACCAGCUUGAUUCAACUUCUUCAUUCUCAUCAAAACUCCCCACAGACAAAGUUCAACAUUUCAUCAGUUUCAUUUCCCAACCACAAUUUAUCCAAGAUGUAGCUUUUGGAGAAAGAAUCUUAAAACUGUCAAGUGGCCAAAAAGUACACAUUCCCGAUGUAGUAAGAACUGUGAUUGGUAGCAGAAUAAUAUCCUCAUACCUUGCAUAUUGUGCGGAAGUCAAUUUUCAUGCACUGAAGAGAUCAAGUCUUUACCACAUCUUAAAACAGUGUGCAGCAAGCCAGAGGAAAAGCCUGUUUGGAUUGGACAAUACUACAGCAGAUGGCAUGACAGCAUUUGACAAACUGGUGCAGUUAUCAGAAAAUAUGGUUGCAUACAGUCCAAAUACAAGAGAAAAUGUAUUUAAGGAUAUCGAGUCUAGAUUGCACACUGAAAAGCGAUAUCUCUCAUAUGAUUACCGAUGGCAUGUUGAAGAGUGCUCCACAUUCCAGACCAUUGCAUACAAUACUCGUUAAGUCAUGAGAACUUCACCAAUCUUUCAAAGACAUGUCCUCAUGAACAUGAUGAAAGCUGCAAGUUCUGUUCAGAUAUCCAUGCAGCUAUUGAUGAUAUUGAACAAAUCAUUGUGAAUGGACAGUAUUUCACCAAUGAAAUAAGAAGAGAGUUUAUUCAUGACUUUCAAAUAUGUAAAGAAAAUAUUCUACAGUGGAAACAACAUAUUUUGAGAACAGUUAAUCAGGAAACAGCAAAAACAUCAGUAUUAGAAAACUUGGAAGAGGAUCAAGCCCUUGUUGUAAUGGACUGGGCCAUGAAAUUUCUACCAUGGAUAGACCGCGAAAAGCAAACUGAUUUUUAUGGGAAAAAGUGCAUCAACUGGCAUGUGAGUGUUGUACUAUCUAGAAAUGAAAGAAGUCAGAUAAGUACUGACUGUUACGUACAUCUGUUCAAUAGCAUACCGCAAGGCUGGUUUGCAGUAGCUUCAAUUCUGGAGAACGUUCUUCAUUGCAUCAAAAUACAGAACGACAAAAUAACAAAAGUUUAUCUCAGAAGUGAUAAUGCUGCUUGUUACCAUUGUAGUCCACUGAUAGCAUCCAUCCAUGGCAUAUCCGAAAGAACAGGAAUUAACAUUUGUCGAUAUGACUUUAGUGAGGCACAAAGUGGCAAAGACAUAUGUGACAGACGCACAGCUCCUAUGAAAAUUCAUGCAAAACGCUUUGGCAAUGAAGGGCAUGAUAUAACCACUGCUGAGGAGUUGAAAAUUGUCCUCGAGAGUUACGGUGGCAUUCAAGAUUCACAUGUGUACACGGCUGAAGUCAAUUUCGAUCAUCAGAAUGUGAAAAAAUGCUCUAUUCCAGGCAUCAACAUGUUUAAUAACUUCAAAUUUGAAGACACUGGUAUACGAAUGUGGCUUGGAUAUGGUAUUGGAGAGGGAAAAUUCGUUUCUUAUAACAGUUUAUCAUCUACCUCUCAAGGAGACACAAAUCUUACAAUUUUGGAGCAUCCAAUGGUGACAAAAAGGGGUAACACUUGCCAAAGGAAAAGAAAGUUCAAAGAAACUCUCCCAAAUCAGGAGGAAGCUUCUAUACAUGUGGUAAAUGAAGUGAUGGAUGUUGAGGAUGAAGUCACAGACGUGGUAGAUGAAUACACAUGUGGUGAAUGUGGUGUUGCAUUUACUUCUCUAAAAGACUAUAACAUCCAUCAAGACAUCGGCAACCACAAUAUGACAUCAUCUGACCAUGUGAAAAUUCUGUGGACCAGGAAAUGUGUUGGCAUCAAAGAGAAAGUCACCAAGCAUCCCUCUCUUAGUGAAAUAGAAAAUGCAUGUGCCCAGAGAAAUUUAGUGAAGGGCUGGGCUCUCAAAGGCAAAAGAAUCAGUAAACGGUUCAAUAAGAAGGUUAAGGACUUUGUUGCUCAACUCUUCAAAGAAGGAGAAAGGACAGGGCGUAAAUAUACACCAACAGAGGCUUCAAAGAAAUUAAGAACAGCAAGAGAUGAGGAUGGAAGCAGAACAUUUUCACCAGAGGAAUGGUUGAGUUCCCAGCAAGUCCAGGGACUGUUUUGUAGAUUUGACAAAAAAUCUAAUUUUGUUGUUGAACCUAAAGAAGAGACUGAUGAAGACUAGAAUGACAUUAUUUAUGAAAUUGCAUGUCAAGAAAAUGAAAAUAAGCUAACAAAGUCAAUUUGCAUGUAGAAUAUAAUAGUCCCAAGUAAUGCAUCAAACUACAUAUUAGUACAGAAAUACAAACAUCAGUUGAUAUAUACUUUAGAUUCCUUAUUGUAUGGAGUACUUUUAAAUAUGACGAAAUGAUUCAUAUAUGUGAAAUGCAGUCUGUUGAUCAAGAGUUUUUGCAUUCAUUUUAACAACAGGAAAAUAAAUGAUUGAUUGAUUGAUGUUUUCCGCCACACUCAACAAUUUUUCAGUUAUAUGGUGGCAAGUAUUUUCAUUUUGUGAGCGAUUCCUCGCACACAUUUAGGAGUAUGUAUUAUUAAAUUUGCCAAUUCUGGAUUUAAUUAGAAAAAAUUAUGAAAUUUUCAAGAAUUCAAAUUUCUUGUAAUGUUCAAAGUUUAUGAUGUUACCCUUCCUUAUAUACUGGGCAUAAUACACAAAAUGAGAGCGCGGGGGGGGGGGGGGGGGCAAA